GGCCGAAUGGAGGGAUGGGAAGCACUCGUACCGUGCCAGGGAACAAACAAGAGGUGCUUGUGCCCUGCCGGCAUGGAGCCCAGCACGGGGCUGGCAUGGGCCCAUGGAGGCAAGGGCAGGAGCUAUGGGGAGGAAACAGGUAGAGAAGCACGGAGGCAUCCAUGCAGGUCAUGGAGGAGGUGCUGGGAGCGAUGCUGGAGCAAUUCCCAUCCCGGAUGGCACCGCUGUCCCCCAGCACCCUGAGCUGGGCUCAAUCCAGGCGUCUCGUGCCUGCGGGCAGCGUGUGGCCGCGAUGCUGCUCCUGGGUGGCCUCAUCCCAUCCCUGCACGGCCCGUGGGAGCAGCGAUGGGCUGCCAUGGCCCCAUGGCCGUGGGGAGAAACGCCAGCGGAGGAAUCCUGGGAAACUGGUUCUUCCCCUCCGUCCGGUGCCGGGACGGCGGAGCUCCUCCCUCAGCGAGGGCAUAUAACGCCCGGCAUGGUCCCGGCGGGCGGCACUGCGUGGAGGGAGCGAUGGCCUCCAUGGGGCUGCAGGUGCUGGGCAUCGCCCUGUCCGUCAUCGGCUGGCUGGCGUCCAUCCUGUGCUGCGCGCUGCCCAUGUGGCGUGAGACGGCCUUCGUGGGCAACAACAUUGUGGUGGCUCAGAUCAUCUGGGAAGGGCUGUGGAUGAACUGCGUGGUGCAGAGCACGGGGCAGAUGCAGUGCCGGGUGUACGACUCCAUGCUGGCCCUGCCGCAGGACCUGCAGGCCGCCCGCGCGCUGCUGGUGGUGGCCAUCGUGCUGGCCGUGCUGGGCACGCUGCUCGCCAUCGCCGGCGGCAAAUGCACCACCUGCGUGGAGGACGAGACGGCCAAAGCCAAGGUGAUGAUCCUCUCCGGCAUCACCUUCAUCGUCGCCGGCGUCCUCAUCCUCAUCCCCAUCUGCUGGUCGGCCAACGCCAUCAUUCGGGACUUCUACGACCCGCUGGUGGCCGACUCCCAGAAGAGGGAGCUGGGCUCGUCGCUGUACGUGGGCUGGGCGGCCUCGGCGCUGCUGCUGCUGGGGGGGGCCAUGCUGUGCUGCUCCUGCCCGCCGCGCGGAGACAAGCCCUACUCCGCCAAGUACAGCGCGGCGCGCUCGCUGCCGGCCAGUAACUACGUGUAGGGCCGGGGAUGCCCCGCGGGGAGCGGGUCUGGGGCCGGGG